AUGCGAAACCAUUCAGGUAUUACAUUAUUCAUUCUUCGAGGACUAACAGAUGACCCACAGCUUCAGGUUAUGCUUUUUGUCUUUCUGUUUUUUACCUAUAUGCUGAGUAUAACUGGGAAUUUGACCAUCAUCACCCUCACGUUGGUGGAUCCCCAUCUUAAAACUCCCAUGUAUUUUUUCCUCCGAAACUUUUCCUUCUUAGAAUUGUCUUUUACAUCUGCCUGUAUUCCCAGAUUCUUAUACAGCAUGUCAAGUGGGGACAAUACCAUUACUUAUAAUGGAUGUGCCACCCAAAUAUUUUUUGUCAUCCUCUUUGGGUCAACAGAAUUUUUCCUCCUAGCUGCCAUGUCCUAUGACCGUUAUGUGGCCAUCUGCAAACCCCUGCACUAUACAACUAUCAUGAACAACAAAGUCUGUAACCAGCUCCUCCUGAGUUGUUGGGUGGCUGGACUGAUGAUUAUCCUUCCACCACUUAGCCUAGGACUUGAGUUGGAAUUCUGUGACUCAAAUGUAAUUGAUCAUUUUGGCUGUGAUGCAUCACCAAUGCUAGAGAUCACAUGCUCUGAUACAGAGUUUAUAGAAAGGAUGAUUUUAGCUUUUGCUGUGUUGACACUUAUCAUCACUCUAGUGUUAGUAAUUCUUUCCUAUGGAUAUAUUAUCAGAACUAUUCUGAGAUUUCCCUCUUCCCAGCAAAGAAAAAAGGCCUUUUCUACUUGUUCAUCUCACAUGAUAGUUGUCUCCAUCUCAUAUGGCAGCUGUAUCUUCAUAUACAUCAAACCUUCUGUAAAGGAAGGGGUGGCUUUGAAUAAGGUAGUGUCAGUGCUCACCACUUCAGUUGCCCCUGUGAUGAAUCCCUUUAUUUACACCCUGAGGAACAAGCAAGUCAUCCAAGCUUUUAAAGACUCAGUCAAAAGGAUUGCAUUUCUUUCAAAGCAAUAA